AUGAGUUCAUCCGAAGGAGAUAGCUUUAAGCAAGCAUCAGAAGAUGUUAAAGAUGGGAAUCCAAUGAAUAUAUUGUUUAGGAGGCCAUCAAAGGCCCACUGCUUUCAAGGGACAGCCAAGUCCAGGUCAGCACACUGGAUCUACUGUUUCAUUACAUGUCCUCCUGGGAAGGCACUUCAGGUACUUGACUUAUUAUCAAAAGCUGAGCAAGCUUUCAAACGGAGGCUUGUUGUUGGGUUCGCAACUUUGGUUCCAGUACUAAAUUAUGUAGCUGACAUUCCUUUCCAUCCAGUUCAAAAUCAGACAUUAAAACUCAUUCUGAACUGCAUAUCUGAUUUCCCUGGAAUGGUAUCCUCCUCUCAUAUAACAGAGCUAGUACCUGUUCUAGCAAAGAUACUUAAAAAGCAUUCUGAUGAGGAGAUAGGCAUGCUUGAGGAGACAUUUAUAUUGACCUGCUCAGUUCCUUGUAGCUAUCGAUUCCAACAAUCAAGCAGCAGAACUUGCAGAGAACCUAGUUUCGAGCAAUUGGUUCAGUUUGUCGUUUGGAUGCCUAGGCUUAUUUCCCAUAGAAAAGAUGAAAUGGAGGUGUAUCUGAUGCUCAGUUCACUGGUAGAUGUUCUUAUGGGAAAUGAUUCUGGGCAACCUAUUAGAGAUGCUACUUUAUGUCUCCCAUCUGAUCCCAUUGAUUUGAUCUUUCUACUUGGGCAAAAGAACUCCCGUAAUCUGGAAUUAUCUUCGUGCCAAUCUGCCAUUUUGCUGAUUUUAUACACCAGUUCUUUAUAUGAUGAAAGACUUGCAGAUGAUAAGUUGGUUUUAGCUUCUCUAGAGCAAUAUAUUCUGAUCAACAGUAGUGAUCUCCAAGGUGGAUCCACUGAUCCAUCUACAUUGAUGAGGCUGAAUUAA